AUGGCUACAUUCAAAUACACACCGCUCUUUUCUGCAUCUUACUACGACCGGUUCGAGUCUUUCGAGAAGCAGCAGCGGAGAGACGCGUCUGCUCGUCGAGCACGCUCGCGCCAGAACUUGCAUGCGCGAUGGAAGAGUGAACAGUGGACAGAGGGCGAGAGACCACGCUGGGGAUUUUAUUUCGAGGAGGCUGAGCAGGCCAACGAGCCAAACGCGCUGGGCUGCCCUGAAGGGCGCGUCGAGGAUACACAUGCCGUGCCUUCCCACGAUCUGCCCGUAAGGGCGGAUACUUCGCUGGCGCAAUCAACUCUCUUUCCUUCACUAUCACUACCUCGUCGGCGAGAGAUGGCGGUCAAGACGUACACCUGGGUAUCUUUGUGGUUCUUGAUCACGAUUCCAGUCAUUUUCUGGGAUGCCCUCUAUCUCUUCUUCCGGCCACGUUCGUUUGAGGGUGGCGACCUCCACUGGAUCUGGAAGCCGUACGGGCUCUACCAAAAUAUCGACUACGUAUACGGCGUCAGAGCCUGGGAGGAACACGACGGCUUCCCAAACGCACAAUCGCUCCUCAACGUCGUCGAGAACCUGCUGAACAUCACCUACCUCUACCUCGCGCACGUCUCCGGAUCCCCCAUUGCGACGCUGGUGGGGUUCGCGAGCGUGGUCAUGACGCUGUCCAAGACACUCCUGUACUGGCUGCAGGAGUACUAUUGCGGCUGGUGCUCAAUUGGGCACAACAACUUAAAGGAUCUGAUCGUGUUGUGGGUGAUUCCCAACGGUGCGUGGAUCAUUGUUCCGUCACUCAUCCUCCUGCGCCUGGGCAAGGACAUCGCCGAGUCCCUACACGCCGCUUACAAUGCAGAGCGAAAGGCGGCGUCGGGGAAGAAGCAAUGA